AUGUCGACCUCCUCACACGCCCCGGAGAACGCCGUGCCUGACACGCAACUAGGACUCAGCAAUGAAGAGAUACAACUGCUACGACAUGGCCAACAAACAGUGGCAGCCGCAGGGGGCGGCGGCGGCGGAGGCGGGUCGACCUCGUCCCGCGCAGCAAGCCGGGCCUCGUCCCAAGGCCUUCUCGUCAUGGACCCAUCCUCGCUGGCCGCCCUGGGCCGACACUUUGACCGGGUCAUGCAGCGCAUCCAGCAGCAGCUCGAGUAUCUAAUAGAGCAGUCCCAGCAGGUUAACCUGGAGGUGUACGACCGCGCCGGCAACCUGGUCGAUAAUGCCGACCGGGAAAUUGCGCGGUACCACACCCUCAUGGCCCAGAUCGACGAGCUCGAGCUGGAUUUUGACCGCAUAGCUCACAUUCGGGAGAUCGUGGCCGGGUUUCGGCAGCGCGCUGAGGACUUGGAGCGAGAGCUAGAAAGGAGUGGCUCGUCGCGCAGGGACCGUCAUGGACAUGGACACCGUCACUCGUCCCAUCGCAGUCAUGGACAUCAUUCGAGUUCAGGGAGGCAGAGGAGUUGA